AUGACAUCUGAACCGGUACCUGUGUCGGAGGGACAGGAAGCGCAGGAGAAGGAUGAGACGAUGCGGGACAAGGUCGGCGAGUUCUUGAAGAAGAACUACAACAAGGGAGAGCUUGCUUUAAAGCAUAGUAUGGGCCUUGGUAGCCAGCCAAAUGCCGUACCUGUCACGGAUCCAGUCUUGGAUGGACCUGCGCGGCCAGUCGAAGUCGGAUGGCAUCCCGUUGGUGGUCCCGCGGGAAAGUGGUUUGCGCAACAGACAAGGCUGGGCAAGAUGAUUACCGACAAUAUUAACAAGUAUCCUGAUCCGACGCAGCAUUGGGCUGUUCUCGUUGGCGACUUUGCCCACCAAUUGUGGAUGGAUGAAAAUUUUGAUGUCAUUUACACCAAUGAAAGAAUUAAGCGUGAGGAAUGGCGCACUUUUCAAGUUGGCGAAACACGCUUCAAUGAUGAAGCUACACGAAUAGCCGGCGAAUCUGUCAUUGCCAUGAUCAGAGAGAAGCAACCGGGAUACAAUCUCAUCACCAAUAACUGUCAAACGUAUGCCUUGCAACUUCUCGACGCUAUCAAGGUCGGCGCCAAGAAGGAAUUUGGUACGACGUUGGCCGUAUACGAAAGGAUUAUUGGCCCUGGAAAGAUAAAAGAUCUUUUCGCCGAUGGUCGACUGGUGACGGGUCCACCUGUAGAAGGGGAACCAGCACAGGAGAGCACAGUAUCCGUGGCUCAGCAAGUAAUGAAUGAGAACACAACACAGCUUGAUGCCGAGGAACAGAUGAAGAAAAGUGAGAGCGAGGGUGAGGGUGGAGAAGGGACAGAUAGGGGGAUUGAAAAUGGCCAAACAGAAAAGAAGGCCAGGAAGCGCGACUUUUUUACACGCAUGUUGAAGAAGUAG